CAGGCCUGUUUGUGCUGCUUCGUGGUUAGUGUGGCUAUCUUGCAGGAAACAGAAACAGAGUGUGAUGGGGCUGAAGAUGAUGAUCAUGCUGCUGCUUGCUGCUCUGGGGGUGAGUUUCGGGACCAUGCCCGGCUCCCUGUACAAUGUGAGUGAGAAUGACCCUGGUGUCCAGCAGGCCAUCCUCAGCGGCAUCUACUCCUUCAACAACCAAUCGAACGAUGCAUUCCUCUUCAAACCCUUCGCCAUUGACAGCGCUCAGAGACAGAUCGUGAAUGGGAUUCGCUACGUCAUAGACUUGAAGAUUUCCAGAACCGUGUGUCAUAAACGAGAUGACGACAACCUGUCCAAAUGUGACUUCCAGCCUAAAGGUCCUCUGCAGCAGACGUUUCAGUGUCACUGUGACAUUUGGGUGCGUCCCCACGAAAGUAAGACAAUGAUUGAGGCCUUUGACUGUAAGCCAUGACAGUACCAGCUACCUCAGCUCUACCUGUUCACCUGUCUCAGCCUUUUUCCUGCAAACCUCUUCACACACAAUAAAAACCAUCAGCAGUCUUUUGGUCACAGAUGUUUAGCUGGAGGUUUUGUAGCUUCUUUUUUUUCCCUCCACUGACAUCAUAACCAGCCAGUAUUGGAUGGGAAACCUGGAUUUUGUUGGGUCUGAUCAGGCCACCUGCUACUCAGGAGGAUGAACUGCUGCCAGCUGAAGCGUGCAGGGCCUUGGAGGUCAGACCAGUAUCUCACUGGCUGACACUUGUUUCACCUGGUGUGUGUGUGUGUGUGUGUGUGGCGCCAAUCUGUCUCCACAAACCUAUGAAAAAUGACCACUUGUUCACACACCAGCGUAAUAAAGUACAACAGAAACCACCUCUUGAAAUGUAUUUGAUUUAUACUUUGAGUUUUAGUUUGG